AUGAAGGUGUUGCAAGGAUGCUCCUCCAUAGACCGAGUACAGCGCAUCCACUUUGCUAUCGCCGGGCAUAUCCUCGAACGCAACAAUGUUGAAAUAUCCGAUCUAGACGAGACUUUGCAAAAUACUGCAACCGAGAUGCCGCCGCAAUGGUGGCUAAUGCCGGCUUUUGCCCAUAUUUCCAAUUCCGCAAAACUCCUUGAUGACACAGUGCGUCUCAUGAUCCAAUUCACACACUACCACCUACUCAUCAGUAGGUACGACAACAACAGACUCACAGCCAUAAGCGCCAGUCGCGAGAUUUUAUCGCGGUAUGUAGCCUUCCGUUCCUCGAACCCGGCGCACUUCUACUGCCGCGGCUGCGACUUUUUUUCGUUCGUCUCCAUUUUCGUACUUUGCUUUGCCCACGUCGGAUCGCGAUCUCAGCAUCAUUCACUCUCUUCGACUCACGUCGUCUUCAACUUCCUCGCACACAGCCGGCCCAGUGACCGGGGUAUGAUGGAGCGUGCGAUGGAGAUUCUUCAGUCGAUGAAUCCAGAUGAUACGGAUUCUAUUGCUACCAAGCUAUGUCAUAUGAUCAGACAUCUGCUUAUUGUCGAAGCAGAUGCUGCUCGUGGAAGGAGCUAUAGUAUGAGCUCUUCGGAAAGCGAUGCAAAGACCUUUGAAUGUGGGACGCAAUCGGGCACGUAUGGUCGAACUUUGCAGGUUCAUAUCCCUCAUUUUGGUACAAUCAACUUCCAGCCUGGUGCUAUAUCAAGCUCGGCUCCAGUUGAUUCCGCGCCGCCCGGCCCAAACCCUUGCGUCACUUGGGCUUCGGAUGGAUUGCUUGCUGGCAAAGAGAUCUUCGGGACCGCCAGCUGUUCCAGAGAUCUCGUCAAUGCUUUCACUUCAAAACAAUGA